GCUAAUCUUCGCCAGGGGCUGCUGCGCGCCACUUCUGCUUCCGGGUCAGAGGGCGGGACCUGCGAUUGGCUCCCCGACCCUCCCGCGAGAUUUAAAAUGUAAACCCGCGGUCACUCUCAGCAGUCGGGUUGGAGCUUUCUUCAGGCGAGUCUGCACCUCUCGGUUCUCCCCCGAGCCAGAGGAUGGCUGUGCUUAAUGGGAAGUCUGUCUUGGAUAUGAUUAAAGAGUUCAGAAGGAACUGGCACACUUUUUGUAACUCUGAGAGAACUACUGUAUGUGGUGCAGACUCCAUGCUCUUGGCAUUGCAGCUUUCCAUGGCAGAGAACAACAAACAGUACAGUGGAGAAUUUACAGUCUCUCUCAGCGAUGUCUUACUGACCUGGAAAUACUUACUACAUGAGAAAUUGAACUUACCAGUUGAAAAUAUGAAAGUGAUUGACCAUUAUGAGAACAUUAGGAAGAUUUAUGAUGAUUUCUUAAAGAACAGUAACAUGUUAGAUAUGAUUGAUGUUUAUAAAAAAUGUAAUGUUUUGACUUCUAAUUAUGAAAAUUAUGCGAACAUAUCUCCUAGUCAACUACGGGAUUUUCUGUCUGGCAGACAGUAUGCAGUAGAUGAUGAAACUGAUUUUUCUGAACCAGUGUCACCAAUGAGUAAACACAACCAGGAUAAUGAAAAGGUACAGUUACUAGCAAAGAAAAUUAUCUACUCAUAUUUAAACCUGCUAGUGAAUUCAAAGAAUGACUUGGCUCUGGCUCAUAUUCUCAAUAUUCCUGAUAGAGGACUUGGAAGAGAAGCCUUCACUCAUUUGAAACAUGCUGCUCGAGAGAAACAGAUGUCUAUCUUUUUGGUGGCUACAUCAUUUAUUAGAACAAUAGAGCUUGGAGGGAAAGGAUAUGCACCAUCACCAUCUGAUCCUCUAAGGACACAUAUAAAAGGAUUGUCUAAUUUUAUUAAUUUCAUUGACAAAUUAGAUGAAAUUCUUGGAGAAAUACCAAAUCCAAGUAUUGCAGGGGGUCGGAUACUCUCAGUGAUAAAGAUGCAGCUGAUUAAAGGCCAGAACAGCAGGGAUCCUUUUUAUAAAGCAGUAGAGGAAGUUGCUCAAGAUUUGGAUUUGAGGAUUAAAAGUAUUAUCAAUUCUCAACAAGGAGAUUUAGCUCUUAGUACCACUGACAUCAGUCCUGCACGGCCAAAAUCUCAUGCCAUAAACCAUGGCACUGCAUACUGUGGCAGAGAUACUGUGAAAACUUUACUAGUUCUUUUGGAUGAAGAAGCAGCCAGUGCUCCUACCAAAAACAAAGCAGAGCUUUUAUAUGACGAUGAAAACACAAUUCAUCAUAAUGGAACUUCUAUUCUUACACUUUUUAGAUCUCCCACACAAGUGAAUAAUUCAUCGAUGAAACCCCUAAGGGAACGUAUCCAUAUGUCAGUGCAAGAGAAAACAAUUAAGAUGAAGCAAACCUUAAUUAGAUCUCAGUUUGCUUGUACUUACAAAGAUGACUGCAUGAUAAGCAAGGAUAAGUGGAAUAAUGUUAAUUCAGCAUCAAAGCCUUUGUGUGUUCUUCACAUGGAAAAUGACCUUUCUGGAGGUGUAAAUUCAUCUGUUGGAAGACCAACAAUUGGAACAAGUUCUGGAAAUGUUCAUCUGGACAGAAGUAAAAAUGAAAAGGUGGCAAGAAAAUCAAUUAGUCAGACAGGAAAUAAAAGUUCAAAAAGGAAACAGGUGGAUUUGGAUGAUGAAAAUAUUCCCUGUGAUAAUGGAAACGAACCACCUCAACACAAAAAUGUUAAGAUACCUAAGGCAUCAAAAAAUUUGCAGAGUAAAUUAGAUGGCAAACUAGUUAGAGUUGCAAAAAGCAACAAAUGUACCGCCAAGGACAAAUUGAUUACUGGCCAGACAAAGUUAACUCAGUUUUUUAGACUAUGAAUUUGUCUUUUAUGUUCUUUAGAUUUAUGUAUAUAUAAAACCAUUCACCAAAGGCAUCUACUUAAUUUUUAAGAGAUCAAGGUGCAAAUUAUGGUGCUUUAUUAUUUUGGUCUGCAGUGUAUGUAAGGUUAGCAUGUUAAGCAUUUUUAAAAAAAUACUAGUAAGUCAUAAUUAUGCAGAAUAUUCACAAAGUUUAAUGCACAGGUAAAGCAUAUCAUUUAGGUAUAUCUUAAUACUACUUUCUUUGAAAACAGACAUUUAAAAUAAUACAAGUCAUAGUAACAUUAAGGGCAUUUUUCCCCACAGGCAAUUAAAUGAUUUUGUUUUCUUCUGAAAUGAUGACGUGGGCCAACAGGUAUCAGACUUGCCAGCAAGGUCGAUAGACUCUUCCCAGCAUACACCUGAGCACUGAAGGAAAAAAAAGCUUAAAUUGUUUAAAGGACUAGUAUCACACAAAAUUGAUUAGAAAUGAAAGAAUGGAUCUAGUAUAGCUAAUUCUGAGUAAAUCAAAAUUAUGGUAACUAAUAACUAAUUAUAGUAACUAAUUAAAUACUUUUUAAUUUCACAUCUUUUGCAGGGGUCACUUAAUAUCAAGUAAAUUGAACCAUGGUCUUGUUUGAUUUUGUCAUGAUUGGACCCAAAUUCAAUUAAACUCAGAGUUCUAUUUUAUGGUAUUAAGAUAUAAGAAUUGAAUUUUAAAAAGACUACUCACUGUCAAAAUCUCUCCUUCCUAUAGGAAAUUUAGCUGAGUUUUCUUCAUCCGCAAUUUCUCUCUUUUCUUGUAUUGGUUCAGUAUUUUGAACUUCAUUCUCAGCUGGAAAAGCUACAGAUCCUUUUAGUGCAAGAUAAGGUUUUAUAGCCAGAUUCAGUGGCAGACCAUGAUUUAAGAAAUUGUGUUUGGAACCUGCAUUCUGUAAAGAAAAGGUUGAUUUGUGUUUUAGCUGUCUUAUUGGGAAUAGAACUAUGAUACAAUUGUGUAAUAUUCUUAUUGAUCAAAGAUGCUCUACACUGUUUUGACUCUAAAAAAUAUUUUAGAUACAAGGUUUUCAGGGAUUAAAAACCUUUUGAAUAAGAGAUGUUUUCCAGAAUGGAAGAACAACCUGGUAUGUAGGAAAUUUGAUCAGUUGUCCUAAUGCAUAUUGUGACUUUUUUCACAUACUUCUGCUUAUAAAAGUAUCGACUUUACUUCCAAAGGAUUCAUAAAAAUCAUUCAAAUUUCCAUUGAAAAAAAGGAUAAGUCACAAUGCCACUUACCUUUGAAUUUUUGUUUUCCUCAUCAUUCAUGAAAUUGCUCUCAUCAUUUUUAUAUUCCUCCAGGGAAGGAACAACAAUUGAUUUUUCUUCAGUAUCUUCCUUCUGAAAGGCUUUCCCCAGCCUCAGCGUUUUAAAUACCAUGUCAUCUUCUAAAUUUCUUAUUGACUUGGAGGCUGAAGGCGAAACACCUUGAGAAAGCAAAGAAAAAGUUAGUAUUAAUAUGUAGGAAGAGAAACUCAUUUUUGCCAUUCUUAGUUUGAUGUUUGCAUAGAGUCACACAAGGAUGUGUAAAUUGAAGUAAAAUUUCUCAACCUGCUUUGUAAAUGAUUCCUACCUUUAUAUAUUUUCCAGCUUGAAUAGAAAGCACUUGAAAGACUUAAGACUUUCAUCAUUUUAAAAAUGACUCAUUAGAUAGAAGCUAACUUUUUGUAUAGCUGCUAAUACUUAACACUGUUUGGGUUCUAGUGGCGUAUUGUUUAUUUUGAGUGUGAAUUUUCUCAGAAUCUGAUUAAGAUCCUUGGUAGAAAGCUUCUGUUGAGGAGAUUAUAGUCUCUUGAAAAUGGGUUGUUAUUAAGGAAGACCACAGGACAUCAGGCUCUCCAUAUUCUUGUUUAUUCAUAUUGUUCCCUCCUCUUUAUUUUCUGAUUAAGUAAAAUAUUAAAACUAAAGUUAUUUCUUUCACUCAGGAUAAUAAGGGUCAAAGUUUAAAUACAUUUAAUCCUGAUGAAGUUGAAAUAAUCUUCAGAAAGUAUUUUUUCCCAUAAAUGCUUGGAAUAGUCUUUGGUGUUUAAAGUAUAUAUGCCUGUCAGUAUGAACAAAAAGUCAUUCAUGUUAUAUCUAAAAUUGACCUGUCAGGUGUGUUUUAUCUCUGUAUUUACAAAAGGGUAUUACUGAUAUUUAUUAAUGAGUUUAGCAAUUAAUGAAUAAGAAGUCCAUGAAGAGAAUAUUUAUGUGCUCCAUAAAUGUUAAUUUUGGAUAAUGAGUAUGUUGUAUGAUUUUUAAUUAAACAUUUCAGAGUUAAUUUGUAAUGUUGACCCCGUAGAGUAAGAGAAUACGUUCUUGUAUAUGUCUUCUGGUAUAUAUGUGCAAUAGUUUUUCUAGGGUAUAUUUCUAGUUAUGGAAUUGCUGGGUCUUGGAGUAUGUACAUGUCAGCUUUAUUAAUGCCAAAAUGGUUACAGAAUAGUAGUAACCACUUUAAACUCCCACCUGCAGGGUAUGAGAGUUCUUACUGCUCCAGGUUCUAGUUAACACUUGGGUAUCUUAUUGUGCUUUUACUGUUUAUUUCUCUAAUUACCAAAGACGUUGGAUGCCUUUUCAUAUGCUUAAGUAAAAUGACUUUUAAA